AUGACCAGGUAUGCCAGCGUCUCUUCCUGCUUUCUGAUGUACCUGUCCCUGGUGCUGACUCCUCCAAGCAGCCACGCCAAGGGCCCCGAUGCCACCCAGAGCACAAGCGAGGUGCCGGCGCUGCGGGGCCGUGCUGGAGGUGCAGUGCCAAUGUUGGAGUGGGGCAUCCUGGGCGUGCUGGUGCAGCAUCCAAAGAGAGAUCCUGCACAGCCCGGCCAGGGGCCACAGAUGCGCGGGGCCUGCAGAGCCCGGGCGCUGAGCAGAGAAGGACUCCAGGGAAAGCCGGGACUGCCGGGCAGCGUUGCUGUCAGCAGCGAAAACCCCGCACAAAAGAGCAGAGACUCUGAAUACAAACGGAACCCGCAGAUCAAAACCCACAAUAUCCGAGGCAAGGAACCGCAGAGCGAAAAAUCUUCAGCAGGAAAAACCUUCAGCUGCGUGACUCCUGCCGGUCGCUAUGAGAGAACGCAGGCGCUAUCGGCCUGGUCGGUGCCGCUCCCCAGCUCCCAGCGGGGCGGGAGGGGCGGCGGACGGCAAAGGGCGAGUCCAGGAGCUGCCGGACUCUGCUCCUCGGCGGAUUUACAAACCGGGCACCCGCCUGUACCCGCGGUGGGUGCAGGGAGCGGCCCCGAGCCGCGCCCGCCCGGAGCCCCGCAGAGCCGGGCCGGGCAGAGCCGAGCCGAGCCGAGCCGAACCGAGCCCAGCCCCGCACGGCAGAGCUCCGCAGAGCCCAGCCCCGGCCCCGCCCGGCCGGGCGGUCCCGAGGGUUCCGCCCGCCCCCGUCCCGCCGGCGCUUCCGGGCCGCGCUCCGGGCCGGGCAUGGGGGAGCGCAGCGCGGCGCGGCGGGAGGACACGGCCCGGCGGCUGGCGCGGUUCGCGGCGCUGCGAGGCGCGGCCGCCCGGCCCGGCGAGCUGUGGGACGUGGUGGUGCUGACGGCGGCGGACGCGGCGCAGGCGGGCGCGUUCCGGGAGCAGCUGGCGGAGAAGCUGCGGCGGGAGCAGCUGCCCAGGGCCGUCCGGUACCUCGUGUGCGCCGACCCGCCGGGGCCCAGGAUCGGAAAUGGUGGAUCAACUCUUCAUGCUCUUCGGUGCUUGGAAGAGCAGUAUGGUGAUCAGUGGACUUCCUUCACUGUGCUGCUAAUCCAUUCUGGUGGUUACAGCCAGCGUUUGCCAAGUGCAAGUGCCCUGGGCAAGAUCUUCACAGCCCUGCCGCUGGGCGAGCCCGUGUACCAGAUGCUGGAGCUGAAGCUGGCCAUGUACAUCGACUUCCCCCGUCACAUGAAACCAGGAGUGCUCGUCACGUGCUCGGAUGACAUAGAGCUGUACAGCACCGGCGUCACAGAAGCCAUCACCUUUGACAAACCUGGCUUUACUGCCUUGGCCCACCCCUCAGACCUGGCAGUCGGGACCACGCACGGGGUGUUUGUGCUGGAUCCGUGCAGCUUUUCAGGAAAGGGAGGGCUGGAGUAUGGAUCAUGCUACCGCUUCCUGCACAAGCCUGACGUGCAGACCAUGCGGCAGAGUGGUGCGGUGUGCGUGAGGAGGGGUCACCCUCAGCUCGGCUCCCCCGGGAGCUGCGGAGACUCGGCCGUGGCCUCGGAGUGUGUGUACACAGACAGUGUAUUCUACAUGCACCACAGCACUGCCCAGCAGCUCCUGCAGUUCUAUAAGCAGAUGGGCACUCUGGCCUGUGAAAUAGAUGCGUAUGGUGACUUUCUCCAGGCCCUGGGGCCUGGAGCCACCCCAGAUUACACCAAAAACACAAGUAAUGUCUCCAAGGUGGACCCAGGGUUGGUGGCAGUGCGGCAGCAGCUGUACUCCCUCCUGCAAGGCACCGCCCUGAAUGUCAUAGUCCUCAACAACUCCCAGUUCUACCACAUCGGGACUACUCAGGAGUAUUUGUUUCAUUUUACUGCUGAGAGCAAACUGAGAUUUGAGCUUGGCUUGCGGCCUGUGGCUUUUAGCAUCUUCCCUGACUCAGCCAAGACCUUGGAUCAGUUGAGCAUCAUCCAGAGCAUCCUUGAGCCCGGGUGUGUGAUAGGGCCUGGCUCUGUCGUUGAAUACUCCAGAAUUGGGCCUGAAGUCUCAGUAGGGAAAGGCAGCAUUGUUAGUGGGUCCUACAUAAAUUUCAGUGUGGACAUACCCUCACACUGCUUCCUGAGUUCAGUAAGUGUGAAAAUGACUGGUCGAGUGGAGUAUGUCACCAUGGUGUUCGGUGUAGGCGACGACUUGAAAAAGUGUGUGAAAUUGCUGUCAGAUAUACACUCCCUCCAGUUUUUUGGAGUCAGCUUGCCAGAAUGCCUUGACCUCUGGAGCUUAGAGGCUUCAGACCAGCUCUUCUCCAGUGAGGGCACACAUCUGGGGCUGUGGACUGCAAGGAUUUUCCCUGUUUGUUCUAGUCUGAGUGAAUCAGUUAGGAUGUCCCUGAACAUGCUGAAUUCUGUGCAGCACAAGUCAGCUUUCAAACUGAGUGGCUUUCAGCUUCUGUCUGUUGAAGAAAUGCUCACCUACAAAGAUGUGGAAGACAUGCUGAAGUUUAGGAAACAAAUUUAUUAUGAAAUCUGCCUAGAAAGACAAAAAGAGAAGUCUGAUUAUAGAAUGAACGGUACUUGAUCAAACCUCCUGUUUUCAUUUGUGGACAAUUGAUUACUUCCCUGCUUGUAAGAAUCCUAAGGGAGAAGUACACAGAUCUCUUCUCUGAUCUCAUUGAAGUAGAAAUGAAGGAAUUGCAUAACAUUAAUAAUGCAGCAAAUGCAAAUAAAGUGUUCUUUGAUUAAAACAGGGAAAUAUUUCAGAUCUAAAAACAGUAUUUGGUGACCUUUUGUGCGUUGGAUGUUAUGUCUUGUAGCUUUUUGUCAGAAUACAAUAGAGAAAAAAUGUCUGUUUGGCUGAAAACAGCUUUAAAAGCUUUUAAAGGGUAGAAUAGUAGCAAUGUGGAAUAAUACAACAACUUAUGUUUCCCUCUUUUUAUGCUGCCAUUUUGCAAUACAGUUUCAGACAGUAGUUAGGUGGAGGUAAAAUGAUUAAAAGUGCUUUUAAUUCAAGAUAUCUUGUCCUGGGCAUUAAUAAAUUUUUCUCUUUUGUUUCUUAA